AUGUAUUCCCCCCACCCAGAUAAUCAAAGAAAAGAACUGUUUCUGGAGAUGACCACUGAUGGAAAAGUGACAGGGAGCCCUUCUCAGACCCUUCACAGUGUGUUGGAGUUGAGGUCAGUUCGAGCAGGUGAGACAGUUAUCAAGGGUCUGUCUUCAUCCCUUUUCCUCUGUGUGGACAGCACCGGCCAGUUGAGGGGACAGAGCCACUACACAGAGGCUGACUGCACCUUCAGAGAGCAGCUGCUAGCUGAUGGAUACACUCGUUUCCUCUCUUUACAUCACAAUCUUCUUGUGUCCCUCACCUCGAAACUCUCCACACCGCAACAUGGGCUCCCGUUCUCUCGGUUCCUUCCCCUGAGAAAUAUUUUGGUAUCUGGAAGUAUGACAACGAAUACAGAUGAAAAUCGACAACAGAAUCAGCAACAGCUUGACCUGGACUCAGAUGACCCUUUCGGCAGGGGUCUCACUGGUGUGGUCAGUCCACAGUUCUCCUGGGAUAAGUGA